ACCACCCAGUUUGGAUCAAAAUGUGCCACCUCUGCUCCUCAAAAGCACCUCAACAGUCCGAAAAUAGCCAUUACCGUAUUCGCAACCACGCACAAACGACAACGGCGACAACGACGAGGACCUGAAAAAAGUCGACUGCGAUCGUUGAAAUCCCUAAGCCUGGUUACAAUUCGGCGUCGGAAAUGAGCGACGACUCCAAAAGCAGAGGAGUGGCGGCCGACCAGCAGAGCCAGUAUCAUUACGGAACUUUCCAAGGCGUUGCCAAUUAUCCUCCUCCUCCUCCUCCUGUUUCCCAGCCACCGCCUCAGCCCGUCGUCGGUUUUCCUCAGCCGGUUCCUCCUAUCGGCGCCACCGCUCAUCCUAGCUACCCUCACCAUUAUGUUGGUUAUCAAACGGUCACUGGUUAUGCUGUUGUCGAGGGAAGACCUGUAAGAGAACGCCGCCUUCCUUGCUGUGGUCUUGGUGUUGGCUGGCUCUUGUUUUUAACUGGUUUCUUCCUUGGUGGUAUCCCCUGGUAUAUUGGAACUUUUAUCAUACUUUGUGUACGGGUGGAUCAUAGAGAAAAGCCUGGAUAUGUUGCAUGCACAAUAGCUUUCCAUCAGUAUCAGGUUGUCGGGAGGGCUCUCCCUACGGAAUCAGAUGAGCAUCCCAAGAUUUACCGCAUGAAGCUCUGGGCUACCAAUGAAGUUCGCGCCAAGUCCAAGUUCUGGUAUUUUCUGAGGAAGCUCAAAAAGGUUAAGAAGAGCAAUGGCCAAGUUCUUGCAAUCAAUGAGAUAUUUGAAAAGAACCCAACGAAAAUCGAUAACUAUGGUAUUUGGCUGCGGUAUCAAAGCCGAACAGGUUAUCACAACAUGUACAAGGAGUAUCGUGAUACCACCUUAAAUGGUGCUGUGGAACAUAUGUACACUGAGAUGGCUUCUCGCCACAGGGUCAGGUCUCCUUGCAUUCAAAUUAUCAAGACUGCCACCGUCCCAGCUAAACUUUGCAAGAGGGAGAGCACCAAGCAGUUCCACAACUCAAAAAUUAAGUUCCCCUUGGUGUUCAAGAAGGUCAGGCCACCUACAAGGAAGUUGAAGACCACAUACAAGGCAUCGAGGCCUAAUUUGUUCAUGUAACUUGGUAAUUUCAUAGCCAAGCUUAAAAGAUAGUUAAAGUUGAGUCUGUUUUGGGAUAUUUUUGUUAGAAGCCUUUUUGUUGUUUGUUGGCUAUUGUUUUAUUUUGAGCAUUUUAGGACAGCAAACGGUUUGGAGUAUCUACUAAGAUUCUAAAAUUCCUGUUUUGUUUAAUUUGAAAAUUGCUGAGAUAUGAUCACUUAUUUUGCUGGUUA